ACCCCAGAUAACGGAGAUUACAGUUAUAUCGCAUGUAAAGGAGGGAAAGAUGGCGGACAAAUAGCUACACAAACGGAUCGCUUCCUGUUGAGGAACUAUGGAAGGAGAACAGCUGCGCUUUCGAAAGGCUAUGAAACCAAGACUGAAUUUCCAACAGAAAAGUAUAUGUCUGGUGUCUUACAGGACAUGCGCGAUAUGUAUUUUCAUUCUCUCCGUAAUGUUUCUUGUUCUUAGUAACUUGGUAUCAUACUCAGCACUAACACACAAAGCAGGAUUAUUUCAUCAAUAUGUGCUGAACAUGUCAGACUUGACGGCUAAUUCAGGCAAUAAUUCUUCAAGAAAGACGCUGGGAUGGAUGUCACCUGCCGUUAUCAGUAAGAAGACGAUUGGUUCGAGUUUUCGUGAUAAACUUCAAGGAAAUUCAACUUUACCAACUUCAAGCAUUGCUGUUGGAACACAACGUCAAAACAAGAGAGAAUUUUCUCAAAAUGUUUUCUUGAAGAAUAAAAAAGAGGAUUUCCGAAAAACGCAUUUUAUGACCGUUGAGGGAAAAGGACGUCUCGGUAAUCAAAUGUUUCAAUUUGCUGCACUGUUAGGUGUUAGUGCUCUACAUAAUUACCUCCCCUUUGUGCCUCCAAAUCAUCGAAUUGCACAGUUUUUCGAUAUCGCCGAAGUGCGCGUGAUCAAAAUGCUAAAUUCACAAGGACACGGAGAGGAGCGCGCUGGUGCAUUUGACAGCAGGAUACACCAACUAUCUCAUUCCAAGAAUUGGACGUUACACGGAUAUUUCCAGUCUUGGAAAUACUUUGAUCACAUUGCUAAUGAUGUAAGAAAAGCCUUCCGAUUUAAACCUUCUAUUUUUCACAAAGCGUUUACAAAGUUAAAGGCUUUGAAUGCUAGCAUAACAGUUGGAGUUCACAUUCGGCGGGGUGAUAUGAACAGUAAGAUAGAACUCUCGCGUGGAUACAAUGUGGCAGACGAAAUAUUUGUUAAAAAGGCUUUAACGUUCUUUCGGUCGAAACUUAAAAAUCCUAUCUUUGUAAUGAUUGGUGAUGAUGCAGCUUGGAUGAUGUCAAAGUUUAGCUAUGCCGAUAUUAAAAUUGCUACUUCCGGAAGUGCUGCAGUUGAUUUAGCUAUAAUGUCCCAAUGUAACCAUAGCAUCGUCACUUCCGGUACAUACGGUUGGUGGGGCGCCUAUUUAGCGGGAGGAGAAACUGUCUACUUCCGAGAUUACCCAAAACCGGGAUCCUGGCUUGAUAAACAAUACAAUAGAGCGGAUUAUUAUCCGUCCAACUGGAUAGGGAUGAGCUGA